AUGUUGACAUUCAACAUGGCGGCAUGUCGUCAGUGCUGUGCUGUGUCGUGCUUGUGUCAUUGUUAGUUUAGGACACUUCUGAAACCAAGGCUCACUGUAAAUUCUACAUUUAAAAGCUGAAGAAGGAAACGUUACUAUAGAAAUAUUGAAAGAACACAAUCAGACUCAGCACGCAUUGAAGACAUCUGAGGAUUUUCAAGUCAACAUUUAUCCUUUAAAAUCUCCUAUGUUUUUGAUUUACUCCUUUUAUAAGGGAUGACUGAUGUUCAAAGAGAAACACAGUUGUUCUAGUGCACGCUAAAUUGAUCAUAAAUCAGCAUUAACUGCAUCGUUCAUAUGUAUAUUAUAUACACAACAAGCCUUGUGAGCAAGAGAUAGGUGAGCAAAUACAGUGACCGUGAUUGUGAUUGCGGCUGAGAUUGUGCUGCUCCGCUUGGUUGCUAGAACAUCUUUAACUGCGUUCAAAGAGUGCCAAGUUUGUAUGGAGUCCAUCGUGGUACUCUGAUAAAUAAUUCUCUCACAAUAACGCGUUAAAGUAUUCUGAAGAGACCUCACUUCCACUUUCUGGUCACGAAGAAGCCUGCAUUUCUGCAGCAUUUCAAGGAGCCACUCUUCCUCUUCAUUAAGUUCUUGUAACAUUAUUAAUAGUGAACAAAGAUAUAAGGUACCAAGAACCGUUCUGUGAUAUCUAUGUUAAACACUUAAAUAAUUGAAAAAGACUAAAAAUUUCUAAAUAUAAGUAUAUAUAUUGUGGGGUGAAACACAAAAGUGUAAACAAGAAAUUAAGUAAUUGUUUCAAGAGAAGAAGAGUUGAAUUAUACGUAAAUAUUAACACAUAACACUGCGCAAAUUGAGAAGACAAUGUCCAACAAUCCUCAGUGGAAAACGUUCCAGCCGCCAAUCAUGAACUCUGACCCAGCAAUACUCGACUAUAAGUCUAUGGCUAUACCAAGUCCUAAAGCCAUAACGGAAUAUCAGCCGACAACUAAUAAUUAUCGAAAUGGUACCAAUUACAGUGGUGAUCAUAUAGUUUCACCUCCUGAAUGUAAAAAUUCUACUAACUACGGAAGUUAUCCUGGUACACAGUCAUCACCACGCAAUGGCGCUACAAGAUUCCCGUUUGAAUUUACGGGUAUGGAGACAAAUGCUGGGUAUACAAACGAACCUGCCACCAGUAAUUCCACCUAUCAGGAUCAAUCUGCGAAUCAAGGAACACGGGAAACUGGUAUAAUUGAGAAAUUAUUGCAUUCUUACGGAUUCAUACAGUGCUGUGAAAGACAGGCAAGAUUGUUUUUUCAUUUUAGCCAAUUUAGCGGUAAUAUUGAACAUUUGAAAAUUGGAGAUGCGGUAGAGUUUGAAAUGACUUACGAUCGACGAACAGGCAAGCCCAUUGCAAGCACCGUUAGCAAAAUUGGUCCAGUGUCAUUAGGUGAUCAAAGAUGCAUCGGUAAUGUAACCACAGAGUUACAAGCAAGUGGCGAUUCGGGACGUAUCACUUUCGAAUACCGUGGAGAAUGUUUUUUUCUGCCAUAUACCAAAGAUGAUGUUGAGGGAAACGUCACCUUACGAACUGGUGAUAAAGUAUCAUUUCAAGUUGCAAAUAAUCAACGAGGAGUCUUGAAUGCAUGUAAUGUAAGGCUGGAAAAUCCAGCACAUCCAGUUCGUUAUCGCGGAGUGGUAUGCUCAAUGAAAGAAAAUUUUGGUUUUAUCGAGCGUGCUGAUGUAGUCAAAGAAAUAUUCUUCCACUUUAGUGAAGCUAAAUCUAUGAAAGAAGAACUUAGGCUAGGAGAUGAUGUGGAGUUUAUAAUACAAACGCGCAAUGGGAAAGAGGUAGCUUGCAACAUUACAAAGUUACCACCCGGCUCAAUUGUAUUUGAGGAAGUCAGUAACGAAGUGGUAAAAGGCCAAGUGUUGAAACCUUUGGAGAGAGGUAAUGCUGCUCGUCAUCAAAAUGAUCCAUUACCUGGUCGUAUUCGAUACAGAGACAGUGAUCAUUCUGAAGUUGAAGUGCCCUUUGGCGAUAAAGAUCAAAAGGGUGACUUUACUCUUAGGCAUGGGGACUGGGUCCAAUUUCGUAUUGCAACAGAUACUAGAGAUCAGCUCAAAAGAGCUACAGAGAUAAUGUUAUUACCAGAAUCUUUCACUGUAUCUGGAGAAAGACGCGAGCAAGGUGUAAUACAAUCUCUCAAGGAUGGUUUUGGCUUUAUUCGUUGUGUAGAAAGAGAGCCCAGACUUUUCUUUCAUUUUAAUGAGGUUCUUGAUGUUGAUAGAGAAAUUAGUGUAGGAGAUGAAGUUGAAUUUACAGUCGUACAAGAUCCGUCAUCAUCAUUCUCUAAUACUCGACAAAGUGCUAUUAGACUGAAACAUUUGCCAAUGGGUACCGUAACAUUUCAAACUAUUAUAGAAAAAGAUAUAUUAGGUACUGUAGCACAAGACACAAAUUCGAUGGAACCUGGUCUCAUUAAUUAUGGCCAGCAGAAAAGCAUUAUUUUCUUCUCCAAAGAUUGCGAUCCUAAACAUAUUCCAAAAUUGGGUGAUAAGGUAAUGUUCAAUAUUGUUCAAGUGAAACGAAAUAAAGAACUUGUUGCUGAAGACAUAUUUUUAGUAAAUGCCGCUGGUGAAAAAAUUCAAAAUGUUAACAAAAAAUCAAAUGGACAAAUAUGUCAAGGUUUUAUUGCCGCCCUUAAAGACGGGUUUGGCUUUAUUGAGACAGUAAAUCAUGAUAGAGAAAUAUUUUUUCACUACAGUAAUUUUGAAGGCGACGCUAGUACAUUGGAAUUAGGAGCCGAUAUCGAAUGUACAAUUAGUAAUUCGAGCAAUGGAAGAGGUUCUGGAGGUUGUGUAGCUGCUGAUCAUGUUAAACUGGUAUCUCGCGGAAGUAUUCCCAGGCCAACACCUGUUAGUGAGGUACUCGACGGUACUGUAGUGCGACCACUGCGAAGUGCAAAUCCCGAGCAAACUGAGUACGCUGGUUUGAUCAAGAUUAAUCCAACUAAUGAAGAUGAGGAGACGCCAGAAUAUGAAUUCGGAAUCAUGGGACUUUCUAACAAACGGGAGCUAUUGCAGGCUGGCGAUCCUGUGCAAUUACAGGUCGAUUCAGCAGGUCAUGCUUGUAACAUCAUAGCCGUCAGGAAAAAAAGAAGAGCUACUGUGGACGCGAUGAAGGGUCCUUUCGGCUUUCUCGCUUACGAAGUCGAUGAGGGCAGAAAAUUAUUCUUCCAUGUAAGUGAAGUUCGAGAUCAUGUUACGCUGCAGCCGGGAGAUCAGGUAGAAUUCGUUUUGGUUACUAAUCAACGCACUGGUAAAUCGUCAGCAUGCAACGUAACUCGAUUAAGUGAUACAGUUCAGCAACGACCCGAGCGAUUAAUAAGUCGAUUACGUACUACAUCGCUAGAAGAUUCAGGCCCAAAAUUAACUGUGGUCAGGCAACCAAGAGGGCCUGAUGGUACGCGUGGAUUCAACCAGGAAAGAUGUCAGCGUAUUCCUGGUGCCAUAGAAGAAUAAUGCACCUGGGCAGCUAAUGAGAUUGGGCUAUUAAUUAUUCAAAUUGUAAUCUACAAUUGUUUUUAGUCCAUACACUUCGAGAUUACUAUUGUAAACAUGGUCGUAAACGUUUGCCAAAUUCAGACUAAUGUGACAACAAUAAUUAUAAAUGAUAAUAAUCUGAAAAUGGAUAGUGACCAAGGGCCGAAAUAAUAUAAAAGUAAAAUGAAAACAAAAAAUGAACAACGAUUCAUUUUAUCACCUCAUAAAGGGAGGAAAAACGGGAGAAAAAAAAGGCGAUUUGUCUUACAUUCAGAUGUUAGAUUUUAUUCUAAUACGUAAUUGGUUUCUCUCUUUAGUUAAUUUCCCACAUCUUCAUGAAUUUAUUA